UUCCUGACCCAUGCACUUCAACGGUUAUGGUAGGCUUCUACCUCACACUUGGCUCUGCAUACUAGCAGGAGGUUAAUCUUUCAACUGUCACACUGACGCUGGGCUAUUGUGAGGCGCGACGCUCCUCUUAUAGUCUCAUACAACCGCGACCCUAAACACCGUUUUUAACGGUUAGUUCUUUCAUUUACGCCACCGAAGAAGAACCGUUUAAUUGGAGAUUUGGACGAUGAGUAGUUUUAUGAAUAUGGCAUGUAUUGGAGACUUCGACCCGUUCACAGCUAGCAUUCCCGCCACCAAAGUUGAGCUCACGGUUUCUUGCAGAAAUCUCCUGGACAGAGACACAUUCUCCAAAUCAGACCCAAUAUGUGUGCUGUACACUCAAGGAAUCGCCAACAGGGAGUGGAGAGAGUUUGGUCGGACAGAGGUGAUAGACAACACACUGAAUCCAGACUUUGUCCGUAAAUUCGUCGUGGACUACUUCUUCGAAGAGAGGCAGAAUCUCCGCUUUGACCUGUACGACCUCGACUCAAAAAGUGACAACCUGUCUAAACAUGACUUCCUGGGCCAGGCGUUCUGUACCCUGGGGGAGGUGGUGGGCUCCAUGGGAAGCCGCAUGGAGAAGCCUCUCAUUGGGAUUCCAGGGAGAAAGUGUGGAACCAUCAUUGUGAGAGCAGAGGAGUUGAGCAAUUGCAGGGAGUCAGUGAUGCUACAGUUCUGUGGGAACAAGUUGGACAAGAAAGACUUUUUUGGGAAAUCUGAUCCUUUUCUGGUCUUCUAUCGAAGUAACGAGGACGGAUCGUUCACCAUCUGCCAUAAGACAGAGGUAGUGAAGAAUACCCUGGACCCCGUGUGGCAGGCCUUCAAGAUUCCUGUCAAGGCCCUGUGCAAUGGAGACUAUGACCGGAACAUAAAGGUGGAGGUGUACGAUUGGGACAGAGAUGGAGGCCAUGACUUCAUUGGGCAGUUCAGCACUAGCUACAGGGAGAUGUCAAGAUGCCAGUCACAGUUUCACAGCUAUGAGGUGGUGAAUCCUAAGAAGAAAGUCAAGAAGAAGAAAAAAUACCUCAACUCAGGAACAGUAACCCUUCUUUCCUGCUUGGUGGACAUGGAGCUCACCUUCCUGGACUACAUCAAAGGAGGGACUCAGAUUAAUUUCACGGUGGCAAUUGAUUUCACAGCAUCAAAUGGCAACCCAUCCCAGCCCACCUCUCUCCACUACAUGAGUCCGUACCAGCUGAAUGCCUACGCCAUGGCCCUCAGAGCUGUGGGGGAGAUCAUCCAGGACUACGACAGUGACAAGAUGUUCCCGGCGCUGGGCUUUGGCGCCAAGCUGCCACCCGACGGACGCGUCUCACACGAGUUUGCGCUGAACGGGAACCCCCAGAACCCGUACUGUAGUGGGAUAGAAGGAGUAAUGGAGGCCUAUUACCAGAGCCUCAAGUCUGUUCGUCUUUAUGGACCCACACACUUCUCCCCUGUCAUCAACCAUGUGGCCAGAUAUGCACAGUCAGUAAAAGACGGAUCCCAGUACUUCAUUCUCCUCAUCAUCUCGGAUGGAGUUAUCACAGACAUGGCCCAGACCAAGGAGUCCAUCGUAAAUGCGGCUACUCUGCCCAUGUCAAUUAUAAUUGUCGGGGUUGGAUCAGCGGAAUUCAAUGAAAUGAUCGAGCUUGAUGGCGAUGAAGAGAGGGUCUCAUCUCAGGGGAGGUUUGCUGAGAGAGAUAUUGUUCAGUUUGUUCCGUUCCGUGACUACGUUGACCGCAGGGGUAACCACAUCCUAAGCAUGGCCCGACUGGCGAAGGAGGUUCUGGCUGAGAUUCCUGACCAGUUCCUCUCCUACAUGAGGACCAGGGGCAUCAAACCAGGCCCAUGCCCUCCCGCCUACACCCCCACUCCCACCUCUACCCCUGCCGUGCACCCCCUCCUAACUCGACGGGUCAGUCGAAUCUGAAGGUCCCCAACCCCCGCGGCCGCCGCCCCUCGGGCCUCUUCCUCUCUCGCGUUUUCUUCCUCGCUGGAAUUCGAUGAGGGGCCGAUAGAAGAAACGAAUGGUUGUUUUCACUCUCGUGUUGCACUUUUGUGACCUCUGGGAUUCCAUCAUGGCGGUUUGGGUUCCAUCAUGGGUUUCAGUGGGGAGGAAAGCAAAGCAUUUUGCUUCCAGUUGAAGUGACCUCAGGAAUGACUUUUCCUGUGAGGUCAGAUGUGAAAGGCUAAAAAUUAUUUUCACUGGUCUGACCCAGCAAAUAAGUGAGUGACUAAACAGGAGCGGCACAUAACCUGUGGAGGGCCAUUCCAAAGGAUUUUGCUAUAUAUUUUUGUGUCCUACUCUUCGUCUUAACAGUUUUCUUUCGCCACUGGUCUCUUUCUAAAUGUUUACAAAAGCUACGGUGAACAGGACAAUUUGUACUUGUGGGUAUAUUUGUAUUUGUCUUUGUCAUUCAGCUGCUCUUAAGCUCUCUACCACCAGAGGUGGUAGCGAAGUUGAUGAUGAUGAUGAUGAUGAAAAUGGUGGUCGUGGUGGCGGCAUCGAUAGUGAUGGUGGUGCAGGAGAAGCUGCUUAUUGUAUUGAUGAGUGUUGUACAGAAUUCAGAGGUGUGAUGUGUUUAAUAUCCUGAGCAUGUUCUAGUCCCAGUACCGUAGCGUGCAUGCAGUGCAGGUCCAGCAGUCAGGGCCUUCUUGUCGUGGCUUCCCGGCUUUACACCUUUCAGACGUCACCACCUAUAAUCUACCCACUCUGACUGACGCUCUGCUGUCCGCCUGCCUUCACUCAAAGAAGACUCCCUUCUUCAGAGUUUGCUCUUAUCGAAUAUAGCAGGGAUUGAACCAGCCUUACACUCCCCCCUCUCUCUCUGUGUCUCUCUCUCUGUGUCUCUGUGUCUCUCUCUGUGUCUCUGUCUCUCUGUGUCUCUGUG